CCCCGUUAUAUAUUAAUGUGUUGGUAGCAAAAUAUAUCCUUUGUACUCGAUCAAGUGAUUCCAAAAACUUGUGCAUAAAAAAAUGUUUUAAUAACAAUAAUGUUUUUACAGCAGUGGGAUAGCAGUAUAGAAUAUACAUAAAUUUGUGCAAAUUGAGAUUUGUUCAUUCAAUAAUUGGUGCCGACUUCUUAAUCUCUACAAUGCCGGUAGAUAUAAAUCGAUUAACAGAUGGUUGGUUGGAAUUAGAGUCUGACCCAGGAUUAUUUACUCUGCUUUUGGAAGAUUUCGGAGUCAAAAAUGUGCAAGUAGAGGAGGUUUAUGAUCUACAUAAACCAAUCGAUGGCCCGGUAUAUGGAUUUAUUUUUCUAUUUCGAUGGAUAGAAGAAAGACGAGCUAGAAGAAAAAUUGUUGAGGCCACUGCUGAAAUAUUUGUGAAAGAUGAAGAAGAAGUUUCAAGUAUAUUUUUUGCACAACAAGUAGUACCAAACAGUUGUGCAACGCAUGCCUUACUAUCUGUGCUUUUAAAUAGCAAUGACGACGAUUUAAACCUUGGAACAACAUUAAGUCGUUUAAAAGCUCAUACAAAAGGAAUGUGUCCGGAAAACAAAGGAUUGGCUAUUGGCAAUACACCUGAAUUAGCUUGUGCUCAUAAUUCGCAUGCAAUGCCUCAAGCAAAACGGCGCUUGGACAAAAGUUCUAUUUCUGGAGUAUCUACCGGACGUUGUACAGGAGAAGCAUUUCACUUCGUUAGUUAUGUUCCAAUUAGUGGGCACCUAUUUGAAUUAGAUGGAUUAAAACCUUAUCCAAUAGAUCAUGGGCCUUGGAAAGAUCACGAAGACUGGACAGAUAAAUUUCGUUGUAUUAUGGCUGAUCGAUUAGGAAUUGCUACGGGUGAACAAGAUAUACGAUUCAAUUUGAUGGCUGUUGUACCUGACCGUCGAAUUGCUAUUACACAUAAGUUAAAAAUGUUGCGAACAAACCAAGCUAUUGUUUCCGGCACGUUACAAAAGCUUUUAAAAACCAGCGAUCCUGAAUGCAUAAAUACUCUGCAACUUGAUAUGAACACCUCUGGCACAGCUGAGUAUAAAAUAAGUUCACCACCAUCUCCUGUAUUAGAAACAAAUGCAUUUACAAUAAGAGAUUUACAAUCUUUGUUAAAAAAUCUAGAUGCAGAAAUUUCUAUUAGCGAACAACAACUGAAUGACGAAAAUGAUAAGAGAUAUAUGUUUAAGGUGGAUGACUGUCGACGAACCCACAAUUACGACGAAUUCAUAUGCACUUUUCUGUCGAUGUUAGCACAUCAAGGCGUGCUAGGAGAAUUAGUAAGUCAGCAUUUACUUCCCUCAAAAAAAAUUGGUGGACUUGGCGGAAAUAGGAUGACGAAAGGCUCAGCUCAAACUGUUACACCACAAAAACCAAAAAAUUGCAAAACUUCUAAAAAUUCUGGGCGAAGACGAAAAGGUCGCAAUAAAUGUAAAAAAAGAAAAUAAUCUUUUAAAUUUAACUAAUGCAAAAUCACUAUCGGCUUAAAAUUGUAAUAAACACUGAAAGUUUUAAAA